AUGACGAGUAAAACAGAAGAAUGUUAUACUCGCCUUUUUGAAAGUUUAAAUGAUUUUGCAGCUGAAAAUGAGUUAGAUUUAAAUCCUCAAUUUAUUUUAACUGAUUUUGAGCAAGCGGCUAUAAAUGCUUCAAAACGUGAAUAUCCAGACACUAAUUGCAUAGGUUGUCUUUUUCAUCUAGGGCAAAGUGUAUGGCGUCAAAUUCAAACAAAUUCUCUAAGUAAAAGAUAUGGAGAAGACGAAGAAUUUAGUUUGAAACUACGUCAGAUUAUUGCACUUGCUUUUCUUCUACCUACCGAAAUACCAGGUGCAUUCGAUGAAUUGAAAUCUACUAUUCCUGAAGAAGCUUCUGAGAUAAUGCAGUGGUUUGAGAACAAUUAUGUGCAUGGUAGAAUUAGAAGGAUAAUGAGAGGAGGUAAUGUAAGUCGUGCAGCUGCUUUAUUUCCACCAAAAUUUUGGUCCGUAUUUGAGCGAAUGGAAUUAGGAGUUCCUAGAACUCAAAACCGCGUAGAGGGUUGGCACAGACGUUUUGAAACUCUCGUUGGAAAAUGUCAUGUUGGUGUUUACACAAUUUUAGAGGAAAUUAAAAAAGAACAAAUUCAAACGGAACGAAGAGCCGAAGAUAUAAUUCGUGGAAGGGCACAUACUCCAACUCGUAGAGAAUACGCUGAAAGAGAAAAACGUAUUAGUGCAAUUAUAAAUGAUAGGGGAAAUCGAUCACAGUUAUCAUUUCUAAGGGGAAUCGCUCAUAACAUUAAAUUGUAA